AUGGAAGAAGUUACCGCCGCGGAUCGCGACAUCAACUCCAUCCCACAACGCGACUCGACCGACAUACCCACUGCAGCCGACACUGCAAGCAAUGGAGACGGUUUCCAGCGAGACGGUGCAUCUGAAAUCAACGAGGAAGAUGAUUCAGCGCCUGUAAUUGGACAUGAUGGUGGCGUCAUCGAGAGGCCCGCUAAGCGGCGGAAAGUUGAAGACAACACACCGCGUCGCUCGGCAUCGCGGGCUGUGUCGCCGCCCUGGAAGUCGUUUGUGGCAGAUGGACCGACGACGGUAUUCGAAAAUGGUAUGCGAAAGUCGUCGCGAGUGAACAAGGUGACAGCACCACCGACACCAGAGCCUGUAAAGCGGACCCCGCGACCAAGCAAGACAACGCAGACGAAUGGCACACCAAAGACCGGCAUCAAGCGUGAGGCGCGCAAUGGCUCAGGGCCCUCGUCUAUCCCGAAAGCGAAGGCACAAUCGACCCUAAUCAAGAAGGCGUCCACGCAAUCCCUGGUUACGCCUGCGCGCAAGUCGGAACGCCAGAGAAAGGGUCCUGCAGCUGCGACAACCUCCCCUCUUGUAUCGCCAGCAUUGCCAAAUGGGUCGCCCGAGGCUUCGCGCAAGCGGUGUGGGCGACCUAGGCGGGGUGCCCAGACAUUGACUGAUGAUAUAGACGCUGAGCCCGAAUCGAACGAGCAUGAUCCUUACGCCAGUCUGUACGGAUCCCCCGACGACUCCAACCCAUCCAUGCCAGCACCGCGCCUCCGCUUGCGGCUACGUAAGCCCGAUCCCCCCAAUCGCCAUCCCCACCAUGCCCCGCCCAAGUCACAGUACGCAUCGCUGGAAGAGUGGUUGGGACAAGACGAUCCACUGGAUGGCGAGGAGGCAUUGCGGAUAACAGAGGAAAAGGCUGAAGAGGAGGCUGAGCGUCGGUUGCAGAUUGUUGAAGCCGCCGAGCAUGGUGUGUUGAGUCAAACACGAUGCAGCAUCUAUGCGCCCGAGGCCGCUCCAGAACCUCCGCCACAGUACGGUCAUUGGGAUCAUGUAGUCGCGCACACUGUGCACUUCAACAAGCUGCUCAAGGAAGAAAAGGCUUUUCAUCGUCGGACGGCCAAGAUUCUGGCCAGGGAGGCAUACGAUUUCUGGAAGAACAAGUUCAAGCGCAAGAGCCAGGAUGAGAUUGAGCAAGAAGAAGCUGAGCGACAGGUGACAAGGUACAAGCAGCUUGUGAAAGACGUCAAGGAUGCGUGGGGUCUGGUCAAGGUCGAGAUUGACAAGGAGCGUGUGGCAAAGUGGGAAGAGGAGCAGUUGCAGCUGGGACACAAGGCCAUGGACGACAUGUUUAACCAGGCGCAAGAGAUUCUGGGUGGCCGCAAUGUGGGCGAUGGAGCAUCCUCCUUGAUCAGCGAAGACCGGGACUUUGAUGAAGAAUCUCAAAGCGGGGCAUCGAACAACUUGGAACUACCUCACGACGACGACGUCAUGUCUUCAAGCUCAGAUAGCGAACAAGAGAAUGAAGAGGACGACGAUGCUAAUCUAACGGCCGAACAAUUACGCGAAAAAUAUGGGGAACUGCCUGAUCUCCCGGAGAGCAGCUCAGAAGCCGAGCCAGACUCUGAUGAGGAGAAUGCGGAAGAUGAAGAAGGCACUCCCGCGCCGACGCCCGACCCCGAACUCGAUCUUGUCGCUCCCGAUGAGUUGCCUGAGAAUCCAUUAGUCCAUACGAACGGCUUCCACGAUGACGAUGAAAAUGAGGAUGAGAACAAACCUGGUUAUAUUGAUCCUGCUACAGUGGAGCUUGAUCAGGUUGAUGAGGCUUUACUGGACUCUGACGACGAAGACAAGGGCUCAGAGUCGGGCAGCGAAGCUUGGUCGAGCAAUGAGGGGUCCGAGACUGAUGGCAAUGAGCAGGAGGCAGAUGAAUCUGAAGAAGAUGAUGACGAAAGCGGGGAGGAAGAUAUGGGCAUGAUGGGCUUCCUGGCCCCCAAGGACAUCAAGAAGCUCAAGGAAGCUGCCAAGACAGCUGUCGAAGAUGAAGAACCGGACAAAUCGGCAGAACAGACGAACGGUCGGUCUCCAUCGCCAAUGGACGUUGAUGAGGAAAAGCCCCACAUCAAUGGUCAUGAUUCGGUUGCUGAGGAUCAAGAAGCGCACGUCAAUGGAGACACCACGGAGCCUGCCCCAUCAGUCGAGGUUGCUGAGCCUUCAGCUGAAGUUGCAGAACAGCCCAAGAACGCACCCCGAUCUCGCCAUUCUUCUCCACCACGGACCGAGGUACCAUUUCUGCUGCGUGGUACGCUUCGGGAGUACCAACACGACGGUUUGGACUGGCUUGCGAACCUCUACGAAUCUGACACCAACGGUAUCUUGGCAGACGAAAUGGGUCUCGGUAAAACGAUACAAACUAUAUCGCUCUUGGCCCAUCUGGCUGUACGCCAUGAGAUAUGGGGACCACAUUUGGUUGUGGUGCCCACCAGUGUCAUGCUCAACUGGGAGAUGGAGUUCAAGAAGUUCUUGCCUGGUUUCAAGAUUUUGACAUACUAUGGUGAUAUCAACGAGCGAAAACGGAAACGCUUGGGUUGGCGCAACACUGGCAAGGACAUGUACAACGUCGUCAUCACCUCGUAUCAGCUCAUUCUGCAAGAUGCAGCAGCAUUCAAGAUGCGCCCUUGGCGGUAUCUCGUGUUGGACGAAGCUCACAACAUCAAAAACUUCAAGUCUCAACGGUGGCAGACCAUGCUUAACCUCCGGACAGAACGACGACUGUUGUUGACCGGCACACCGUUGCAAAACAACAUUGACGAACUCUGGUCCCUGCUUUACUUCCUCAUGCCAGCUGGCUUUGCUGGAGAAGGCCGCAUUGCUGGCCUGGACGAGUUCACCCUAGCGUUGAAGAAUCCCACAUCACAGAUUCUUGACCAAGGUCGCCAACAACUCGAUGCAGAAGCUCAGAAAAUUGUCAAGCGACUGCAUGAAGUGCUCCGCCCAUACCUGCUCCGACGACUAAAGUCAGAGGUCGAGAAGCAAAUGCCCGGCAAAUAUGAACAUGUCGUCUACUGCAAGCUUUCCAAGCGGCAGCGACAGCUCUACGACGGCUUCAUGGGUCGUGCCUCGACAAAGGAGAUCUUGUCCUCCGGCAAUUACAUGUCGAUUAUUAACUGUUUAAUGUCAUUACGAAAAGUCUGUAAUCACCCCGACCUGUUCGAGACGCGAGCGAUCGUGACGUCGAUGGCUAUGCCCAAGUCGGUGCCUGCAGAGUACGAGAUUAAAGACCUUCUCAUUAGAAAGCGCCUGCAAGAGGGUAUGGAAGACAAGCUGGUAAACCUGGACGCUCUAAAUCUAGUGUUCGCACGACGCGAACAAGCUCAGCUAGGCCAUGCAAGACGUACAUAUAAGAUCCGUGCCACACGGCCCUUGGAAGACCUCCUGGUUGAGUGCAAAUCACGGCGUCUCAAAGAUCCAGUUGAACCCGGCACGUCGUUACAGUCGACCAUGGCAGCUAUGAGGAAGAGGGAGGAAGUGGCCGUCCAAGAUCACCUACAAACGUGUCUCAACCUCACUCGCGCUCGUACCCAGUUUAUGCCUAUCUAUGGCAAGGAUAUCAUAGACGCACUCACCGUCGACUGGCACGACUACACCUUUGGAGGUAUCACGGAAGGAAAGAAGAUACCCAAGCCCGUGCCAUACCGACCGCAUCAUACCCCAUAUCCAACCUACCAUGGCUUUGGUCAAGCGCAGAUGCUACCAAAACAAGAAGAGGCCGUUCAAUACGAUAUUGUCAAGCGCCGUCGCGGUGUUCUUGGAUUUAGGUCUCCACGAUCUGAUGGUGUCAUCUCACAAUGGCAUGAUCAACAAAUCACACACUUCUACGACAUGAUCCCGACACUGGAACAGCGUGCUGAAGCUUUCGAGCCUCUCAUCACUCGCUUUACAUGCGUUACGCCUGCUGUUGCGGCUGAGGAGCUGGCUCCACUAACGUUGUCCAAACGUGGUGUCGAUCUGAUCAGGACGUCAGAACUAGUACAUCAACCAGACCCCUUCCAUGCUUCACGCAUCCGUCAAUCUAUCGCCUUCCCCGAUAAGCGUCUUCUCCAGUACGACUGCGGUAAACUACAACGGCUUGCCACGCUUCUGCGGGAUCUACAAGCUGGUGGUCACCGUGCUCUCAUCUUCACACAGAUGACAAAGGUUCUUGACAUUCUUGAGCAGUUCCUCAACAUCCACGGGUAUCGGUAUCUGCGUCUCGAUGGGUCUACCAAGAUCGAACAACGUCAGAUCCUUACCGAUCGUUUCAACACCGAUCCACGCAUCCUGUGCUUCAUUCUCUCUUCUCGAUCCGGUGGUCUUGGUAUCAACCUUACGGGUGCUGACAGCGUCAUCUUUUACGAUCUUGACUGGAAUCCAGCAAUGGACAAGCAAUGUCAAGACCGUGCCCAUCGAAUUGGUCAAACGCGCGAUGUGCACAUCUACAAGUUCGUCAGCGAAUACACCAUUGAGGCCAACAUUCUCCGAAAGUCGAACCAGAAGCGUCUUCUGGACGACGUCAUCAUUCAAAGGGGUGACUUUACUACCGAUACGUUCAACAGGGUCACCUGGCGCGAUGCACUCGACGAGAACAUGGGUAUUGACACAACCGACGAAGCAGGUGCAGCAAUGGAACGCGUUCUUGGUGAGAAGAUUGGUCUUCUCGGCGAUGCUCGCGUAAUGGGCAGUGUAGAAGACACGGAAGAUCGCACCGCCGCUUCCAUUGCACAAAAGGAGAUCGUCGACGAGAUUCAAGUAGAUGAAGUCGACUUCAACGAGAGUCUGAAUGCUACCAGAGCCGCCUCCGAAGCCGCAGCCGCCGCGAAAGAAAACGAAGAUCUUGACAUGGACGGCAAUGAGAAGGAGAGGAGACAUGUCGACGAGUACAUGCUUAGUCUGUAUCGUGAGGAAUAUGGCAAAGAGCCUUAUCGACCACCAACCGACCGGCAGAAGAGGAACCGCAAAGGUCAGGAUCCUCAUGUAAGGCAUCGGAAGAAGAAGUACUAG